AUGGGGAUUGACACAACCUACCAGUACCAGACCCGUCUGGGUGCCUCGCGCGGGAAGCAAUUACCCGCCGAUCCCCGAAGGGAAGCUUCCGCCUCACAGGACUCCGGCAGGAUCUCCGUGGCUUCCCCCGUGCUUCCCCCGCUUCCGCCAGGCGUCCUCCUGGAGGCCAGAGCCAGCUCCCCCGCCAAGGCCCACAGCAGUGACGUCAGCCCUCCGGAGGAUAAGCUCAAUUUAGCUUCCAUUUGUAUCCUCUCUCUGGAUUUGACCGUCGACUGCGAGGAAUUUAGUGAUAAUGGCUUUCCACUUGUAACUGUCAGAGAGAAUGGACGCGACGACGAAAACGACGACACAGGAACAUCCACGAGCCGUUCGCCCCCAGCACGACCGGAGGACGAGGCCGAGCGCAAGGACGACGGAUCUGAUGGGACUCCCGUCGAGGCAGACACAGGCAUUGGGUCGUCGUCGAGUCACAGCAGCAGCUCGAAUUUCGACGAAAAGUAUUACGAAAACGAUGAUUACGACACGGUCGAUGACGGAGUGUGCGUCGCCGAGGAGCUGUCAGACAGGGGUAUCAUGUCAGACCACGAUGACGCACCUGACUCGAAAACCAGCCUGUCCAGCAAAAUAGACAAAUUGAUCAGCUAUGACGAUGACGAAGACGACUACAUCGAGGCAGACUGCGACGUGAAGCCCAUGGAGACGUUGAAGAGGCCCCUCGUCUACGGCUACGGCAGUGGCCCCGUCAGAAGCCUGCGCGGGUCGUCCUUCCUGGAGAAGAGGCUCUCGCAGGCCUCGAUCGUCUCCGAGCACAUGGAGAUGGACCUUGCAGAGUCCUUACUCUCGUCCGAAGUCUUGGCUCACAGCGAGAGUUGCGUGAGUCUGAAGGAGACUUACUGGGAUCAUUAUCAAGCCACGAAGGAGAGAAUUGACCGCGAAGGGCAGAACGGCAAGGGGCAGGCAAAGAACCCCAACCCUUGUCCGUCAGCGAGGUUCUGCUACGAUCCGGAAGUCCUGCUCGCACAGGUGAGGUGUCCAAAAUCCCUUGAGGACGCGACCUUCAGGCAAUACUCAGCCUUCAUGACGUCCCACAUCUAUGAUCACUUCGGAAACAUCCAUGAGAACCUCAAGGAGUACGGACUGAGCAGCCGCCGUCCGGGUUGGAUCUCCAGCCAGCCCGAGCUCCCCGACGCCCCGAGGCACGAAGCCCCUUCCGAGAUGUCGUCUCUAGACUACAACAGUGAGCCGGAACUCACUUACUGCCACGAGCCCCGUCAGCCCCCGGGACUGUCGGCACAGUGCCACCCCGCCCGCGCUCCUGCCCCACGCCCUCCCCUUCCACCUUGCAAAAGCAGAGGUCCUCCUCUAGACUCUGGCGUAUGGACGUACUUCCAUCCUUCUGAGGGGACAUCGGUGGCCUCCUCACCCGGCCAGCUUCCUGUGGCCAUGCCCCGCUCCACAUCCUCCUUGAGUCACGUAGCCCCUGGCGGGUACAAUCCUUGGUCCCAUCUCCUGCCCGACGUCACACCUCCAAGGACUCCCCGGCACAGCGUUUACCUUCAACCUGCCAUAGGAUCUGCAACCAGCUCCCCGAGCAGGUCACGACCGACGUCCCCGACCCAGUUGCGCAGUGCUGCCCCCCAUUGGACCUCAUCCGCGGAGCCUCGGCCUUCGGCGGACGAGCAGAGGACGCUCGCCGCCUCCGCUGCCAAACCCACCCCCUCUCCACGGCGGUCCUUCCUCCCUAACUUCUCGAAGGUCGUCAGGUCGCCCCUAAAGAAGGCAAGCCACGGGCUCAAGGCACAACCCGGGACGCAGAAAGAGAUGGUCCUUCCGGCCGCUGCUCCUCACAAGUCCAUCCAGAAUCGGACGUUUACAGCUACGUCAUCCAAGUCUUCCUCGUCAUCGUCUUCGUCGUCGUCCGCCUCCAGCAAGGACAGCGUCAUGACGGUCAUCCCAGCACCACGCAACAAGGGCGCCAAGUGGUUCAUGAGGCACUUUGUAGGAUCCAGGGGAAAGCUUUCGGCUGUAUAAGAUUUCUUUAGCAAGGAGUUUAAUUUUGGGAUAAAAAAAGGGGGGAGGGGGUAAAGAGUCGAGGCGAGACUUCGUAAAAGAUACCUGGUGGAAGUGAGAUCGGGAGAACCAGAAAGGAGAUGAUGAUCACGAGGAGAAUCGCCUGAAAAGAUGACGAUCUCUAAGGCGCAGGAAUAAAGCAGCAUCCAGGAAGAAAUCCAGGACGAGAGACAAAGAUCUAGUAAAAGUGAUUUUAAGAACCAUCCGGAUACUUAGGAAAAGUGAAAAAAGGGGGAAAAUGUGGAACAAAAAAUAUAUAAAGGAAAACAUGAAUAAAAGAAUUAAAACUUAUAAAGAUGAAUGUAAAAUGCUUACUGAGAUCCAAAAGACAAGAUCGAGGCUACAAGAUGAUGAUGCUGAGAAAGAUUAAAUCAUUACAGACUUGGCGAGAGUGUGAGGUCCGUUAAGACUACGUUGAAUGCAUGUUGUUAUUGCAUGUUGCAAACGAGUGAAUCGGCUUUAUUAUCAGAAUCGAAAAGGGAAAUGAAAACUUAAAAAAAAGGAAAGUUAGCGAAAAUAAGAAAUAUAUGAUUUACCUAGAGAUCGAAAAAAAAAUGUGCAUUUGCUUGAUACGAAUAUAUUUUGAGAUCGCGAAUUUAAGUUGUUGAAAGGAGUCAAGAAUGGUACGAUAAGGAAUGUAAAAAAUCAGGGAAGGUCAUGGUUUGAUGUGUAUGUCUUCAAGGAACAGAAUAUCAUUGAACUGAACGUCCUCAGAUGAGGGGGAGGUAAACAUGCACACACACACACACACACACACACACACACACACACACACACACACACACACACACACACA